AUGCGGGCGUUUGUCAAGGCCGUGCAGAUCGCCCGCUUCAUCCCUGUGGUCGAGGAGGACCGACGCCAAAGCCUCUUCAUUGACGUUAUCUCAGAUGCCCAGCGGUCGUCGCUUCGUCGCAUCUCGGCUACGGUCCUGGCCAAGGCGCGGGAGCUCACGGCCGGUGUGCCCUCGUCGAUGCAUGCGAUCGUGCACGAGCGCAAGCGCUACUCGCUGUACGAGCUGCGCGAAAACAACAUGCUCGUGAACCGCGGCCUCGUGCGGCAUCGCGUCACGAAAGAGCUGCCGGCGCCGCGCGUGCCAUCGACGGCCCGACACCCUCGUCGCUCGGGCGUCCUGCAUCCGUCGAGUUCGUUUCGAGCGGGUUGGGACCUCGUCUUGAUCGGCCUCGUGCUCUACACGGCGAUUGCUGUCCCGGUCGAAAUUGCCUUUGCGACCACCGACGUCAUUGACGUGCUCUUUGUUUUGAACCGCGUCAUCGACACCGUCUUCGUCGUCGACUGCGUCAUCAACUUUAUGACACCCUACAUGGAUGUCGCGUCCAACCAACUGAUUGAAGACCCGCACAGUAUCGUCCUGCACUACGUCCAAGGGUGGUUUGCGCUCGACGUUGUCUCGAUCGUCCCCUACGACUUGAUUAGCUGGGGCAUGGCGACCUCGACCGCGUUUACGUUGCACCAGACGCAAAACGUCAAGGCGCUUCAAGUCAUGCGACUGCUGCGCAUUCUCAAGCUCACCCGCGUCUUUCGAGCGUCCCGCAUCUUGCAGCGGUGGAAGGCGGUGCUAGGGUUUCCUGUCGCUAUGACGCAGCUCGGGAAAUACGCCUGUGUGAUGAUCCUUCUGGCGCAUUGGAUGGCAUGUCUCUGGGGCUACGUCCCGCAGUACCAAGACGACGAGCGCAACUGGGAGGUCGUCUAUCAAGUCAAUGGCUCGUCGUCCUCGACCCUGUACAUUGCGUCGCUCUAUUGGUCGGUCAUGACCAUCGGUACGAUCGGGUACGGGGAUGUUCCCAUGGUCACGAACCUCGAGAAGCUCGUGGCGAUCCUCUGCAUAACCACGGGCUGUGCGACCUAUUCGUUCAUCGUCGGCUCGGUCUGUGGCCUUGUCUCGAGCUUGGACGAAUCCUCCAACGAGUUCAACCAGCAAAUGGACCACUUAAAUGCGUACAUGGAGCGCGAAGACAUUCCACCCGAGAUGGUCUUUCGGCUGCGCGAAUAUUUCUUGCAUCGCCGAGAUCUCAUGCUGCACCGCCACUUUUCCCGCGUCAUCAACAUGCUCUCACCGGGCCUCCAAGGCGAGCUGUGCGUCUUCACGGCGGGCGAGUGGGUUGAAAAGAUUCCUUUCUUCAUGGGCGGUCCGCCCGGCGAGCAUGUCCGGUUCGUCACGGCGAUCUCGCGCCGCAUUGAAGCCGAGCUGUACCCACCACAAGAGCUGAUUGUGCGGGCAGGCGAGAUCUCGGGCAAGAUGUUUAUCAUUAGCAAAGGUACCUCGAUGUCGAUGUAG